UUAUAUUUUAGAGUUUGUAGUUUGAUUUAGUUGACUUGUGUGCAUCGAUUGAAAUAUAUGUACAUUUUAUUGAAAUUUUCAAAUCGAUUUUUUAACAAAAACUUUCUUGGAUUAUUUUAUCGUUUUUUUAAACCAUGAAAUAUCAUCAUUUGACGGCGAUUUAUGUGUUAUUUGGCGUGACAUUGUUUGUGCAUCAGAUUCAUGCGAAAAAUACGGGAGAAAAUGUAAAAGAACCAAAUACACAGGUAGUGCCAUCGGUGCCAAGUCUUCCAACUGGCCAAAUAAAUGGAAACACAGUCGACUGUGUUAAUUCAAAGUUCUUCAAAAUUCAACGUGAAAAUCCACAAUUAGGACCAUGGCUGACGGAUGUUCAACGAACUGUUGAGAAUUUGUUUGCCGUUCGAAAAAAAUGCGAAACACAAACAAAAAGCCGUCAAAGUGAAUGUAUUUCGGCAUGGAAUCGUGCAGCUGGUGUGCAGUUUCUACGGCUGGGAUUGUCUCUGUUUGAACAAGAUAACCCCAAAGGAAAUCAACUAGAGAUUUUAAAUGUUUUUACAACAGAAUUUCAAGGUUGCUGGUAAACAUCUGUGACUGAACAACAACAAUAUUUGAACAUUCGUAGAAAGUUUGGACAAUAUUUUUUAUUAAAGCAACUCGAAAGUUAAUAUUCGUAAUUUAGAAAUCAUAUAAGAAACGUGAAGCAAAGCUUCAAUUUGGAUAUUUCAAUGAACGCUUUCGUACUUUAAGUCAGAAUAAUAAGUCGAUAAUUUUUCUUUAAAAAAAAAACGAAUAAAUAAACAUUUUGCUCUUACUCAUUUUAAA